AUGCCUCCCAAGAAAGCCGAGGAGCCUAGUAAGGACGCCGACAACAGCUCCGACGAGCUGGCCGUGGUCGUCGAGGACUUACUAGAGUCGCUAUCAACCAAGUUCGACGGCGUUUCCAGCGAGAUCUUCGCCAAGAGUACGUUCUACUUUUAUUUCUACUUCCCGUCGUUGUUUCUAAACUCCGGCGCAAUUGCACUCUGGUAUUUUAGAACCAAUAUUGACGCUAUUACGAUAAAUCUAGUGGACGAAAUGGCGCGCCGCCUCGACGAUCUCGAAGCCUCCCUCCGAGCCCAAGAGGACAAACCUAGCUCGCCGUCAAAAGGACAAUAA